AAAGAGUUGGAACAGUCCUACACAGUUGUGAUGUGUAACCCACUGGAUUAUUUGUUGUUGGCCGUUCAUUUUAGAAGAUAAUUUCACCAUUUAAAUAUUAAGGAAUAACACUUAGAAUCCACUUCGCAGAGGAGGAUGUCUGUGUCGGGGAAGAAGGAAUUUGACGUGAAGCAGAUCCUCAGGCUGCGCUGGCGCUGGUUCAGUCAUUCAUCCCAAGGUUCUGCUGGUGGUGGAGGUGGUGGCGUCAGUGGGGUAGGAGGCUACAUCCAACAGGAUGGCCUGGACCACAGGGGGACGCCUGUUCAGGGUCGGCUGAAAAGUCACUCACGGGAAAGAGGUGUUGGAGGACUACGGAAGAACAACAGCCCAGUUCACAGCAUCUUGGCACCGAUGUCAGGGCCCACACCUGUUGUCAGAGCGGGCCAUCAAUCAUGGCAUCAUCAACAGAACACCAUCCAAGGUCUCCAAGUCAAUGAGGACUCUUCAAAGAGCAGUUCUUCACCUAGUACCACAAGGAAAGAGGACCCCAACACUGGCCAGGAAGAUGUGAAGAGCAGUGCAGAGAAACCUACAGAGGUGGAGGCCAGAGAGAGGUUGGCUCUGAACACCUUUUCCAGAAUGAACACCUCCUCUGAUGAGUUUUUCCAGGCCACAAACCAUGCAGAACAGACUUUCCGUAAGAUGGAGACCUACCUCCAGCACAAGCAGCUGUGCGAUGUCCUCUUGAUAGCAGGGGAUCACAAGAUACCAGCUCACAGACUGGUCUUGAGUUCUGUGUCAGACUACUUUGCUGCCAUGUUCACCAGCGAUGUGAGAGAGGCAAAGCAGGAGGAGAUCAAGAUGGAAGGAGUGGAUCCAGAGGCCCUCAGGUCCCUGGUUCAUUUUGCCUACACCGGUGUCCUUGAGCUGAAAGAGGAGACCAUUGAGAGUUUAUUGGCGGCAGCUUGCCUCCUUCAGCUUUCACAAGUUAUUCAGGUUUGCUGCAACUUCCUGAUGAAACAGCUUCAUCCCUCCAAUUGCCUGGGAAUACGCUCCUUCGCAGAUGCCCAGGGCUGUGUGGACCUGCUCAAUGUGGCUCAUAACUACACCAUGGAACACUUCCUGGAGGUCAUUCAGAACCAGGAGUUCCUGCUGCUCCCCACAGCUGAGAUUGUUAAGCUGCUCUCCAGUGAUGACAUUAACGUUCCUGAUGAGGAAACCAUCUUCCAGGCUUUGAUGAUGUGGGUGCGGUAUGAUGUCCAGCAUCGACAGCAGGACCUUGGCGUGCUUCUCGCCUACAUCCGCCUGCCUCUUCUUCCUCCACAGCUCCUUGCAGAUCUUGAAAACAACAAGAUGUUCUCUGAUGAUUUGGAAUGUCAAAAGCUACUGAUGGAAGCAAUGAAGUAUCAUCUUCUCCCGGAGCGACGUCCCAUGUUUCAGAGCCCUAGAACCAAACCCAGAAAGUCCACUGUGGGUGCACUUUAUGCUGUAGGAGGGAUGGAUGCUACCAAAGGCUCCACCACUAUAGAGAAGUACGACCUACGGACCAACACUUGGGUCCAGGUUGGAGUCAUGAACGGACGCAGGCUACAGUUUGGCGUGGCGGUAAUAGACAACAAGCUGUAUGUAGUUGGUGGGAGGGAUGGACUGAAGACAUCCAACAUGGUGGAGUGCUACAACCCAGUCAACAAAGUGUGGUCCACCAUGCCCCCCAUGUCAACACACAGACACGGACUUGGCAUUGCUGUGCUGGAGGGUCCCAUGUAUGCUGUGGGAGGCCACGAUGGCUGGAGCUAUCUCAACACAGUGGAACGCUGGGACCCACAGGCCAGACAGUGGAACUACGUGGCCAGUAUGUCAACACCACGGAGCACCAUGGGAGUCACAGCACUCAAUGGAAAAUUGUUUGCAGUAGGUGGUCGAGAUGGCAGCUCAUGCCUGCGGUCUAUGGAGUGCUUUGAUCCACACACCAACAAAUGGAGCAUGUGUGCUCCAAUGGCCAAGAGGCGAGGAGGAGUGGGUGUUGCGACAUACAACAAUUUUUUGUAUGCUGUAGGAGGACAUGAUGCCCCCGCCUCCAACCACUGUUCUAGACUCUCCGAUUGUGUUGAGAGGUAUGACCCAAAGACGGACACGUGGACCACUGUGUCCUCCCUCAGUGUUCCCCGGGAUGCAGUGGGUGUUUGCCUGCUGGGUGACAGGCUGUAUGCUGUGGGUGGAUACGAUGGCCAGUCAUAUCUGAACACUGUUGAGUCCUAUGAUGCCCAGACCAAUGAGUGGACUGAGGAGGUCCCUCUCAACAUUGGAAGGGCAGGUGCCUGCGUGGUGGUGGUGAAAUUGCCUUGAGUGUUUUGUCUCAUGACAGCAUGGGAUACAAAUGAGAGCAGCAAAGAAGAGUGGACAAACAAAACAACAGAUCAAGGACACAUCCUUUGAGGAUCCUGUUUUUAUUCUUUUUUCCCCUUUAACUCAGCUCUCCAGAUAAUUCAGAGGGAAACACAGACAGAGCCCUGCCCAGAAACCAUUGUGUCUGUCAUUAGUGGCCAUGUCUACCCUGUGGGGAGGACUUGGAUGCACUGCACAUUCUCCACAUACUUAACCGAUCAAGAAUUUUCAUAGACUUGGCUAAGCUGUAGCAAAUCAGUGCCAAGCCUUUGUUGUACUGUUUUGUUAGUGCUAGUUUUAUGAAAAGUUCUGUGUAUGUCCUUAAGAUUAAAUGUAAAAGUUACAAACUUUAAGUAAAGCCUAACUGCAGGCUAGUUUACAUUUCUGCACAUUUGUUAUGAGUGCCAUCACAUACAUACAAUAUAUUUUCAGGUUUCUAUUUCCCUUUAUUGCUACUCAAAUGAAAAUUGCUAUAAUAUAUACAUAUAUGUAACAGUGUGUUUCCUUAGUGAGUGGUCUGAACAGAUUCUUUAUCUUUACAGAAGAAGACCACUGUGAACACUGGGGUUGGCAUGGCUGGCCUGACCUACAGGGGCGAUAUCAGAACUAUUCAGACAUUUUCCUUGAGUGACUUUUUUAUUGAGCCUGUAGCUACAGAACACCAAAGCCAUUUUCUUGUCUUGGUCUUGUUUCUCAUUAAAUAAAGGUUUACAGAAUUGUGAAUUACAGAAAAUAUAUCAUAUUGAUAUUUCACAUUGCUGUACAGAUUUUGUGAACUUUAUGAAAUCACAUUCAUGUUAAUAGAAUCAUGCCUAAACCAGUGCACACUGGUGAUACAGUUAUUAUCAAUCUUUUGGUUUUAGUUCUGGGCAUGCCAGCUGAAGGAAUGUUAUACAAUAAUAUAUAACAGUUGUUUUCUCUGUAUUUAAAGGGAUACAGUGCCAUCUUGGUCAUGUAGAUCAUUUUCAUCUACACAGCUCAAAUAACCCUGAACAAAACUGUAAUUCAUGGCUGAGUGACAUCAUGUGCAUCCAAACCAUCAAUCAGAGAGGAUGACAUUUUUAUGUGCAGAAACCCGACUUCCACAGCAUUUCUCUGAUGUGACUUUGAUUAUAAUUUUUUAAAAUUUUUAUUCAUAUGUUCAGCUGCUCAUAAAAGUUGCUAACUUGUUCACAAUGAGAGCAAUUUGUAACUGUGAUUAUAACAUGUUUUGGGGCCAAAUGCUUCUUUUUAUGCUUUUAUCAUAGUUUUGUACAGCAUGCAAACCUAUAAAUAAAAUGACUUUAGUCUUAUCUGCAUGUUCAAAUCCACUGCUACAGCUGAAUGUGUCCCCUCAGUGGGCAGAUUUUGUUUUUCUUGUUCUGCCUUAAGAAAAGUAAACUGACUCUUUCACUAAACAGACACGGAAGCUACUUUGAUGCCAGCAUUAACCUUGGUUUUGUUCUCUUGCCGCACCCAUUUUUUUAAAUCAUGUAAGCAUGUUUGUUCAUAUUAUUCAGGUUUUUUUACUCUCUUAUCAACAGAUUGAGGACCAACUGCCAUUGCUUGCCUUUGCUUUUUUCAUUGUUUACCAUCCAAAUAGUUUCAGAAUCCCUCCACUCUACUCUCCUCCUGGCUGUUUGGUUAGAUUUGGAUGGUUUUGCAUACAAAAUACAGGCUCAUGCAUCCACAUGUACAGCUCUUAUUCAAGAACCUGUCGGUUUUUUUGUAAAAAAAAAAAAAAGCAAAAUAUUAGACGCACAUUACAGUAAUCCACCCCAACCCCC